AUGAACAGUUACAACGACACAUCAUCAGAAUUAAACUUCGACUAUGACUAUACCGCGAUGAAAGAUUACGUUGCAGCCGGCCAACAAACCCGGUGGCACAGACAUUGCAUCAUGAAGAAGCAAGGGUACCCGGAUAUGGAUAUUUGGAUUACCAUGCAGUACAGAGGUGACAACAUGUGGCCUAAGGUGGGUGUAACCAGCUCAGAUAUGGCGCUUGCCAAUGGAUACCGACUUGGUAUCAUUCGUAUGGAGCGCGAUCUCAUUGACAGCACAUUCAUCUCUAUCACUGCAAGCAACGGCGAUCCAAUGUGGAACCCAUCGAACUCUACUCCGCAGAUAGAGUUCUGCAUCGGAGACUACGAACGUUACCAGGAUGAUGUCGUACUUGAACCUUACAAACUACCACUGCCAGCUGUGUCUGCAUUCGCUUGCUUCAAGUCGACGUCUGACAUUACCCGUAUUGGCGAAAUCGAUCGACUUGGACUGAUAAACGGGACAAUAUCCCACUGCAAACUGAGCUAUUGUGCGAAGCGAUACUCCGGUACCACUGUACGAAACACGAUCGUAAGCUACGACUCAGUGGAAGAAUGGCCACUGCACCCGACUGGCGACCCGUAUAAGGCAGGAUCAGGAUAUGACCAGUCGUUCCGCGCAGAAGGCCUGAACGAGACAUUCUACAUCGGCAAUCAUUCGCCCUCUUGGCUCGGCUCUGCCGCAGCAAGAAUUCUCAAAUCUACCACACUGAGCACGUACUUCAUGACAUACCACAAGCGUCACACAUGGGCCGAAUUUUUCCGAGGCUUUGCAGAAGUAGGAAGCAAAGUCAUACAAGGCCCCGGCAACUCCGCAGCUAUCAACAACACCAGUGAAGCUUACGGACCAGAUAUCUUUGUUGAUGUGAGAUGGGCUUGGCUUGCGUACCCGUUGGCGCUUCUCGUUUACUCUGCACUGUUUCUCUCUCUGACGGCGCUGGGUAGCAGAAGACGUUCCUACCUCUUCAAGAACUCGAUACUGGCUGUGCUUGUUCACGGACUGGAGGGCUGGAACGCUGCGGAUUGUCCUGAGCUGCUUACCGUAGCGAAAGAGAGGAAUAGUGACCUGAAACGAGCUCUGGAACCGGCAAAGGCGUCUUUCGCUGAGAAUGACGACGGUUUACUGAAGCUCAAGCGUGACUGA